UGAAAUUCUGCCUCGGUUUGAUACAGCGAAAGACAACUUGAAUUCCGAAUCUUUAGGAAACUUAAAUAACAAAACUCAGUUCCUGGACUCUGAGAAUGGUGAGAAAAGUGAGGUAAGCAUUUUCAAUGCAAUCUUUGUAGCGCUGUGGGUUGUGUGCUUUUUCUGCUGGGGUUAGCAUCAUUUUCAACCACAGCGACCAAGAUGCAACGUCACACAUGAAAAUAAUUUCCUGCACGGGUGCUAUGGAGUUUCUGAGCAGAAACUGCAUUUGCUCACAUCUUCAUUUCUGCUCAAGAGAAAGUCAACCAGUCACACGGGAUCUUCUGUUUCUGGACGUUCAAAGUGGCUCGGAAGUGUACAGCAGCUUUUGGCUGUCAAGAUGUCCCACGACGGCAAUGUUACCACCAACGAAACCUGUCAGAUCCAUGACGGCACACUGUCUCCCUUCCUGCCCAUUGGCUACAUCAUCAUCUGUUGUGUGGGACUUCUCUGCAACACCGUCACCUUCUACAUAUUUUUCCUCCGCCGGCAUGCAGAUUCUUCGAUGGCCGUGUACAUGCGUCACCUAGCGUUGGCAGACACCCUCCUGGUCCUGUGUUUGCCGCUGCGUGUCUACUACCACAAUAAAGAAGGACCCUUUUAUAUGUGCAAGGUGGUGGGCAUUUUCUUUUAUAUAAACAUGUAUUCCAGCAUCCUGUUCCUCAGUCUUAUCAGCCUGGAUCGCUACCUGAAAAUCAUCAAACCCGUGUGGGUCUUCCGUAUCCAAAAGACGAGGUGGAGCCAAAUGGUGAGUUAUACCAUCUGGGUGGUCCUCAUCUUGGGAAUGAGCCCCUUCUUGGCAAGCAACGACCAGAAACAUCCGUGCAACAAGAUUUGCUUCCACUUCCACAGCAAGGGGGUUGUCGGCGGAGUUAUUAACUUGACCACCGUGGUGCUGUUUUUGUUUUUUUACCUGGCUUUUCUUUGUUUUUAUGUGAAGAUCACCAAUAAACUCAGGACUAUGUCCCUUGGAAACGGCGACCCUAAGGGACAAAGUCGAAAAAAGAAGGUCAUCAUAAAGACUUUCUUGGUGCCGGCCAUUUUCACGGUGUGCUUCGUGCCUUAUCAUAUGAUACGCAUACCGUACGUUCUGGCUCAAAUGAAUGUGAUUGGAGAUCUUCAGAGCCAACAGUUGUUGCACAUCUUAAAUGAGAGCACCUUGCUUCUAUCCACUAUUAAUAGCUGCCUAGACCCAGUUAUCUAUUAUUUCCUGUCUAGCGCAUACAGGAAAACCAUUUUAUGUGCCAUACAGGGCAAGUUUAAAAAUAUGUAUGCUUUAAACAGAAGAUGAAUCAGCAUAAACCGCUCGCUCACUGAAAUUUAGGUUAACAGACCCUUUGGAGUCAUUUGAGACUUGUGACAACUAAGGAUAAACAAUUAAGUUAUUCAACAAAAUAAAUUCGCUUAACUGAUUAAAAACUACACGUUGACUGAUUUGAAAAAGAAAAAUCAUGUCUUGCUUAUUUGGUCACCCAUUUGGGUAGUUACCAAAUUACUUGUUGUUCUUUUUUGGUCCAAGUUAUCUGGUUGCCUUAAAAUUUUUAGUUAAUUAAUUAACUCAAUUAAUUUCUCGUUGAGUUGACUAAACUCGUUGAGUUGACUUAUAUUUUCAAGUUGAAUUAACUCAAAAUUUUAAGGCAACUAGGUAAUUUAUUUAAAGGGGCCAUAUGGCUGUGUCUUUGGUGUGUUAUAAGUUGCCCAUGCAUGUAUUACACACGUAAAAUUGCAAAAAUUAAAAUGUCGGAACAAAAGAUGCAUUCUAUCUAAAAGCGAAUGCUCACCCAGACCUGCCUGAAACGCCUCGUGUAACCACACCCCGGCGAAUGUACGUCACUUUGUAACAUGACUUGACUAAGACCGCCCAAAUCUAAAUGCAAGUAAUGUGGGCGUACCUGUAAGUCUCAUUGUAUUGUCACUGUCGCAGCCAUGCCGCGGAGAUGUUGUGUGUUUCGUUGCAAAAAGAAAAACUCUUUGUUUGCCCUGCCAAAAGAUGAGACAACUAAAAACUAAUGCUUGUUUCUAUCUCAAACAAACUCUGUAUGAUGUAUAUGGUUGUAUGUUUAUAGUCUUUGUAACCUCGUAUAUAAAAGGUAAAACAGUUAGCUGUAGUUUUUAACUCUUUAACAUAAUAUAUUUUUUAAUAAAACCUUACCAAUCCUUUACAUCCUGCUGAGUCGCGCUGGCAAAGUUGGUGUAUCGGCUUGAUUAUCUUCAUUUUCCGUAUCAGAUUCGGGCUCGAAAUGAUCUAAGGAAGUAUCGAUUACAUUUUAUCACCUGUCAGUACAAUUGCUUUGGAACCUGAUGUUCCGAAUAUGGUAAGAGGCAUUACAUUUCCAUCAACGCUUGCAGUAUUCGACCAAGCACUACGCACUGGUUAACUGGCCAAUCAUAGCCUCGCUUUUCAGAGCGAUGAGCUUUGUAAAAAAUCUGCACGUUCCAGAAAGGCGGGCAAAGAGGAGAUACAAACAUGCACGGUAUGUGGAAAAUACAGCGUUUUUGAACCUUAAAUUUUGUAUACACAUUGCAUUACAUCUAAAACAAACGAUAAUAUUCGUUUUAGCUGUGUGAUAUGACCCCUUUAAGUUGAACCAACAAUUUCUUUUACAAUGCAUAGUUUUUUUUGUUUGGAUUACUCCAUUAUUAUUCUAAAAUGUGGAAAACAUGAAUAACGAUCAUAAUUUGACUGGUGCUGUAUGGUUUUCAGCAUCUCCUGUGUUUCUGUAAAUGCAGAACACAUGUGUAUAUUGACUGUAGCAUUUAGUGUAUAUUUGUGAAUAGAUUUAUUGAAGCUGUAUAAGAUUAUGUUUAUGUACAUAUUAAAAUUUUGUUCAUGCUGUUGCUUUUGUUGAAACAGUAUUACUAAUUCAUAGAGAUCAUGACCUUUAUUUAUGCUAGUUAAGAAUGAGACAAAUAAAAUGACCUUUGUAAAUGUCGUGGCUCUCUCAUUAGAUGUCAUCGUUCCUCUGUGGUAUGAGCCCUGUUAUAUGCGUUACCCAUUUUUGCGGUGAUGAGUUAGUUAGCCUAUAUAUUUCUUAGCCACAUUGAGCAUCUGUUUAAAACUAAAAGCAAUUUGGGGAAAAUCUAGUUUAAUGAUGGUUCAAAGCGGUUUUAUUAAUUUUAGAAACAUUAGCAUUAUAACGAAUGACAAAUAAAAAUAAAAGGGAGAAUGAAACAAAAAGGGAAAAGAAUGCAAAAUACACAUAUGUCUGUGGAAACACUGGUCCAUUGAUAUCAUGUUAAGCCAAGUUACACAGAAAAAGAGACUAUUUGAAAAAAAAAUCUCUAAAAUGUCUCGAAUUUUUCUUUGAUUUUAUCGAGUUUCAUUUAUUAUAUUUAUUUAUUUUUUAUUGGUUUAUGAGUUAUUAAAACAGCCAUCAUUGAAUGUUGUAUUGUAUUAGAGAUAAUAUAUAAAAUGAUACAUAUGGUUUUGUGUUGUAAAAUGCAUUACAUCGUAGUUUAUCUUUAUGUGUGUGUAUA